GGCGGGCGUCGGGCGGCCGGUCACGUUUCUGCCUGUAUGAAGUCGGGGCCGGGCAGCGCCGCGCCGCGCCGGGCAGGGCUGCGCCGGGCCGGGACGGACCGGGGGACGCGCGGAAUAUAUUGAUGACUCUUUCAGAAUUGGAAAGACUGAUGAGUACAUUCCUUAAGGUGUGACUUCAGAAAGUCUACUUGAUUGGGAUUCUCUAACACAGUUGUAGAGGUGUCCGGACUCUGUAAUGGUCAAAGAUUUCCAGUAGAAGAGGAUGAGACAAGAAUUAAAUGCAUGUGGGAGACUCUGGACCUAGGCACUUCAUGCUUUUGAUGCUAGCUGGGAGGGAACUUGAUAAACAUUUUUACCAACUUUUCAUAGGAAGAAACAGAUGCUGUGAUAACUUCAGGGUCUGGCACUUGGAUGGCUCUGGAUAAAGGCUUUGUCUUGGCCAGUUCCUCUGUUGUAAAGUGAAUGGCAGCUGCAGUCCACCAGAAGACAUGUGGAAAACAUUCUUAUUGCUAAGGCCUCAAGUAAACUCAAGUCCAGACCAUGAGGAAUGACUCCUAUUGAUCCUAAUGCAGUUACUGUCCCCUAUCACUGACAUGACUAAACUAUAUUCAUAAACUGUGGUGUGCCUGUUGGUUUGUUUUUGAAUAUUGAUUUGUGGGUCUGUACUUCCAGGCAGAAUUUGUACAGACAGAAAAUUCUGAAUGUGGCUUGACUUGAUCUUGGCAGUGUUUCUAAUGAGUGUCCCAUGGACAGUAUCAAGUUCAGGGGGUUCUACUCUAGCACUGAGGAGCAGAACCCUGAGCAGUAACCUGGUAUCAGUGAACACAUUUCUUCAUUGUUCUCUUUAAAAGAGCAACAGAAAAUGAGUGAGUUUUCUGGACUUGCAAGUAGUCAUAACCAGAUGAUUACUGAAGAUUCAGGAAUUCAGACAAAGCCUGAACACUCUCAUGAAGUUCUUCAGGAAGAUAUUGAGAUGAGUAGUGGAUCCAGUGGAAAUGACUUCAGUGGAAAUGAAACAAAUGAGAACUACUCCAGCGGGCAUGAUUCUCAUGGCCAUGAAUCUGAUGAAAAUGGGAAAGAUUCAGCAAUGCUCAUGGAAUCUUCAGACUGUCAUAAAAGUUCAAGCUCAAAUGCAUUUAGUCUGAUGAUCGCGAACUCUGAACACAAUCAGUCUAGCAGCGGAUGUAGUAGCGAGCAGUCCACUAAAGCCAAAACACAAAAGGAGUUGUUGAAAACUUUACAAGAGCUGAAAGCUCACCUUCCUUCUGAAAAGCGAAUUAAAGGCAAAUCUAGUAUCCUAACAACGUUGAAAUAUGCCCUUAAAAGCAUUAAACAAGUUAAAGCCAGUGAGGAGUAUUACCAAUUGUUGAUGAUUAAUGAAUCCCAGCCUUCUGGACUCAAUGUGUCAUCUUACACAGUGGAAGAAGUUGAAACUAUAACCUCAGAAUACAUCAUGAAAAAUGCAGAUAUGUUUGCUGUAGCUGUUUCUCUGAUUACUGGGAAAAUUGUCUACAUCUCUGAUCAAGCUGCUUCUAUUCUUCGCUGUAAGAGAGGUUAUUUUAAAAAUGCCAAAUUUGUGGAGUUCCUGGCACCUCAGGAUGUCAGUGUUUUCUAUACUUCUACUACCCCAUACAGAUUGCCAUCUUGGAAUAUUUGCAAUAGAGCUGAGUCUUCCACCCAGGAUUGCAUGGAAGAGAAAUCUUUUUUCUGUCGCAUCAGUGCAGGGAAGGAGCGUGAAAACGAGAUUUGCUAUCACCCGUUUCGGAUGACUCCUUACCUUAUCAAAGUACAAGAUCCGGAGGUAGCAGAAGACCAGCUUUGCUGUGUGUUGCUUGCAGAAAAAGUGCAUUCUGGUUACGAAGCACCCAGAAUUCCUCCUGACAAAAGAAUUUUUACAACUACACACACACCAACCUGUUUGUUCCAGGAUGUAGACGAGAGAGCGGUACCUCUAUUGGGAUACCUACCUCAGGACUUAAUAGGAACACCAGUCUUGGUGCAUCUUCACCCAAAUGACAGACCCUUAAUGCUAGCAAUUCACAAGAAAAUUCUUCAGUAUGGAGGACAGCCUUUUGACUAUUCACCAAUCAGGUUUUGCACUAGAAAUGGAGAUUAUAUAACCAUGGACACUAGCUGGUCCAGUUUCAUCAAUCCUUGGAGUCGAAAAGUUUCAUUUAUCAUUGGAAGACACAAAGUUAGGACGGGUCCCUUAAAUGAAGAUGUCUUUGCUGCUCCCAACUAUACAGAGGACAGAAUCCUUCACCCUAGUGUUCAGGAAAUCACAGAGCAAAUAUAUCGGCUGCUAUUGCAGCCUGUACACAACAGCGGAUCCAGUGGCUAUGGAAGUCUAGGUAGCAAUGGCUCACAUGAGCACUUAAUGAGUGUGGCAUCCUCCAGUGACAGCACAGGAAAUAAUAAUGAAGACACUCAAAAGGAUAAAACAAUUGGUCAAGAUGCCCGGAAGGUCAAAAAUAAAGGACAACGUAUUUUCACCGACAGUAAAACAAAACUGGAACAUAAGAGAGAGCCUUUUGCAGAAAAACAAAGUGGUCCUGGUGGUCAAGUGAAAGAUGUGAUAGGAAAGGAUACUACAGUCACAGCUGCUCCUAAAAAUGUGGCUACUGAAGAAUUGGCUUGGAAGGAGCAACCUGUGUAUUCUUAUCAACAGAUUAGCUGUUUGGACAGUGUCAUCAGAUACUUGGAGAGUUGUAAUGUGCCUGGUACAGCAAAAAGAAAAUGUGAACCUUCUUCAAGUGUGAAUUCUGGCGUUCAUGAACAAAAAGCAGCUGUCAAUGCUAUACAACCCUUGGGAGGCCCUACUGUGUUGAAGGCAUCUGGCAAAUCAAGUAGUCCCCCAGUAGUUGGUGCUCACUUAACUUCUUUGGCUUUACCUGGCAAGCCUGAAAGCGUUGUAUCACUCACAAGUCAGUGCAGCUACAGUAGUACCAUUGUUCAUGUUGGAGACAAAAAAACACAACCUGAAUUAGAAAUGAUAGAAGAUGGUCCGAGUGGAGCAGAACUCCUAGAUAGCCAACUUCUUGCACCUCCAUCCAGCUCUGUGCAUGUAAAUCAGGAAAAGGAGUCAUUUAAAAAACUGGGACUUACAAAGGAAGUCCUUGCAGUGCAUACACAAAAAGAAGAGCAGAGCUUUUUGAACAAGUUCAAAGAAGUAAAGAGAUUUAAUAUUUUUCAGUCCCACUGCAAUUACUACUUACAAGAUAAACCCAAAGGACGGCCUGCUGAACGUGGUGGUCGUGGACAAAGAAAUGGCACUUCUGGAAUGGAUCAGCCUUGGAAGAAAAGUGGAAAAAACAGGAAGUCAAAACGCAUUAAACCACAGGAAUCUUCAGACAGUACAACUUCUGGAACUAAAUUUCCCCAUCGGUUUCCUCUUCAAGGCUUAAAUACUACUGCUUGGUCACCGUCAGACACUUCACAAGCAAGCUAUUCAGCCAUGUCUUUUCCCACCGUUAUGCCUGCAUAUCCCCUUCCUGUUUUUCCAGCAGCAGGGACUGUGCCACCAGCUCCUGAGACUUCACUCUCUAGUUUUAAUCAGUUGCCAGACUCUGGAAAUACUUGCCCUAUGCAACCAUCCCAGUUCUCUGCCCCCCUCAUGACACCCGUCGUAGCUCUUGUGCUCCCCAACUACGUGUACCCAGAGAUGAACAGUAGCUUACCUCAAACGCUUUACCACAGCCAAGCCAACUUUCCUACCCCAUCUCCUUUCUCUUCACAGACAGUAUUUCCAGCACAGACACCAUUCAGUACUCCCAGCCCUUUCCCGCAACAGGCAUUUUUUCCAACACAACCAUUCCAUUAUAAUGCACCAGCAGAAAGUGAAAAGGUUCCUGCCACAGAGACACGAAAUGAGCCAUCCCGUUCUUGCACUCCACAGUCAGUGGGUGCUCAAGACCAGGCUUCUCCACCUUUAUUCCAGUCAAGGUGUAGUUCUCCUCUGAAUCUUCUGCAACUAGAGGAAACCACAAAAACUGUGGAAAGUGGAGCUCCUGCGGGUUUGCAUGGAGCUUUAAAUGAGGAAGGAGCCAUAGGCAGCAAAAUUGUGACAACUGAUGACUGCAGUGGAAAGGGAUCCCUACCAGCUGAAUCUCCAAUGGAUGCUCAAAAUAGCGAUGCACUCUCCAUGUCCAGUGUCCUGCUUGACAUUUUACUUCAAGAAGAUGCAUGUUCAGGCACUGGCUCAGCUUCGUCAGGGAGCGGUGUAUCUGCAGCUGCUGAAUCUCUAGGGUCUGGUUCUAAUGGCUGUGACAUGUCAGGGAGCAGAACAGGUAGUAGUGAAACUAGUCAUACCAGCAAAUACUUCGGGAGUAUUGACUCUUCAGAAAAUCAUCAUAAAACAAAAAUGAAGGCAGAAAUGGAAGAAAGUGAGCACUUCAUUAAAUAUGUCCUUCAGGAUCCUAUAUGGCUUUUGAUGGCAAACACAGAUGACACUGUUAUGAUGACUUACCAGAUACCUUCUCGAGAUUUGGAAACAGUUUUAAAAGAAGAUAAGCAGAAAUUAAAGCAAAUGCAGAAACUACAGCCAAAAUUUACAGAAGAACAGAAAAGAGAGCUCAUUGAAGUUCAUCCAUGGAUCCAACAAGGUGGACUGCCAAAAACUGUUGCUAAUUCUGAAUGUAUUUUUUGUGAGGACAAUAUACAGAGCAAUUUUUAUACAUCAUACGAUGAGGAAAUCCACGAAAUGGACCUUAAUGAAAUGAUUGAAGACAGUGGGGAAAACAACUUGGUUUCUCUGAGUCACGUCAGUGAAGAACAAACAUAGCCUUUGAGCCUGUUGCUUUUAAAGCUGCUUCAGAAUUAUGGUGAUGAUCCAUAAAAGUUUUAAUCUUGUUUCCAGCAAGAUGAAUCUGGUUCGUAAAACAAAUGUGUUUUUCUUGCUCUAAGAGUCAUUUGUGAAAGAAUCUCUUUUUAAAUGGUGGCAAUCUCUUCCCAGUAAGGACAUUGUUGAAGAUGGUAUAGCUUUUCUUUUAAAAAAAAAAAAAAAACUCAUAUUUUGCACUCAUAUGCCUCAAGUAUUUCUUUAUGAACUAUAAAAGCUUUCAUUGAUGCCUGCUGAGUGGGUCAAUGAGUACUGAAAAUCCCUUUGUGAACAUCCAGUUCUUCAAAUCUCCUUUGGGUAAUGAUUCAGCAUUAUACAUUGUUCUAGGCAUUUUGCCUAGUGGCUCUUUAGCAUUGCUCUUAAUAUCUGAAGUGGUCCAGCAUACUAGAAGAAAUAACCUUCCAGAAAAUCAAUUCGCACUUUCCCUUCUCGUACCAGUUGAUUCAUCAUCUUUGUUUCCUGUAGUUUUGACUAUAGGAACACUUUUUGUCUCAGAGGAAUGUUAAACUAAUUUCGUAAAGUGAUCUUCGGUUAAAAUAUUUACAUGGAUAUGUAAGAAAGUAUAGGUGAGUGCUGACUACUCUGUAGCCUUUUGUUAAAUGGACACUGCGAUCCUAUGAACUGAUUAUUAUCCUGAAGCAUCAUUUCUGACAAUUCAUACAUGGGAAAUCUUUAUGCUUAAAGAUUUAAAAACUGAGACCACAGAGGUUAACUGCCUAUGCUCCUGUGACUGUUAGACAAAACUUGGCAUAACUUGUACCUUUCUUUUUGAUUUGUUCCAUCGGGAGGUUGGCCAUGGCUUUUUUUUCCUGUUUGGCUAAACAAACAUACAUCAAGCUUGCACAUGGCAAGGAAGGAUUAGACGUUUUCAUAAUUGCAAGAUAGCUCUUAUAAAAAGAGAUUGUGAGAAUACCGUUGACUUUCAUUAUGUUUGAAUUGCAUAAUCUAAAACUUGGUGUGGCUGGAAUCCUUUGCUGUCAAGGAUUUAAUUUUAAUGCCUCUGAGAUUGUAUCAACUUGAAUAUAUUCGCUUUAUGUUCUUGCACUGUUUGUACAUGUUGGAUGUGGGAAGAGAACAAAAAGUAACUUAAUAUUGGUUAGUUAAAGGACAUUUAGUUGCACCACUGCUAGAUGUCAGCUUGUAGGUCUUGGAGAUGAAAAAUAUGGAGAAAUUCAAUUAACUUUUGAUAUGUUUGUCUUAAAAUAUUUUUCAUGGAAUGUGUUUCAUAUUUUUUUUGUUUUAAGUAGCAUAACAUUUCAUCGAGAUUUAAGGUUAUUUUCAUUCUAUAAAAAUAGUCCACUUUGUGUACAAAGAGGACAUGAAGGUCGAUCUGACACCACCAAAAACAUGCAGAAGCAACUGGUAUUUGCUUAGUGGAAGAAAUGUGUAAAGGAAUUGGUUAUUAAUUGGACAGUGUCAUAAAGGAAUUUUCAAAGGAGGCAGGUUCUUCAGUUAGCAGAGAGUGUGAACUCGUGAAACAAGUAGAAUUACAACUUAAAGUAUCUUAAAUGUAGUGUGAAACACUACCCAGUGUGAUCUGAUUCCUGUCUUUAAUAGUUCAGCAAGGUCAAACUUUACUAUUUGUAAAUAUAAACUGAAUGAGAAACUUGGAAAAAUGUUGUAGUUCAAGUCCAUUGUAUUAAAUGUUUUUAAUCAUAAAUGGAACAGUGCAGCUAUACCAGCAUAUUACAUAUUCCUUUUUUUUUGUUACAAGUAAACACAAUUUUAAUUGGACCAGGGUUUGGGAAAAAUAAAAGCUUUAUAUAAAGGAGCGCAUCAUAAUUAAAUUAUUUUCAGGGACUUCUCAACCACUUUGUGAACUUUGCUUUAGCAUGCUUUUUUUCUGGUUGUGUUUUUUGUUGGUUUUUGUUACUUUUUUUGUUCUCAUUUCUUCUUGUCGAUGACCAUCUUGUAACCAUAACUUAGUGAAAGGAAGAGAAAAGUAUAUUUAGAGCAUUUUGUGGAUGUGCUUACUUACGGACUUAAUCUUGCAUCCUUAAAGUGUUUGCAUUUACAGGGUGGUAUUAAAUAUUUUCCUGUAACUUUAAAUCUACAUGCCUCCAUUUAUAGAUAAGAUUCUGAAGCUGUAAUUUUUCCAAACUGUUGUAAGAUGACUUACUUGUGAUGACACUUUGUCAACAUGUCAACAAUGUUUUCUGUACACUGUGCAAUAUAUUUUGGUUUUGCCACUUGUGACUAAUUUUUAUGACUUUGCUUUUUAGAAAACUGGUAAAUAAAACAGAUAUAUUUUUAGUUGCCUUUCUGUU